AUGGCGGACGAUGCUGGCGGACGUGGCGAUCGGACGAAACCAGCGGGGAGUGUCCAGCAGAUGUUGACGGACAUCACCAACACCGGAGCCGCUGAUGCGAGUGGCAACAGUGUUACCGACAAAGCUGGCACCACGGACGACACCCAGUACAGACCUGCCACCGCCACGCCAUCGCUCCAGACACACGCCAGUGUCGAUUCGGCCUUCGAGGACUCCGACUCCAGAUCUUCUCGACAGGCCCAACAUGGCAACCAGCAACCACAAAACGCAGGCGACGCACCCAUCAUCACCACCGGCUACGAGGAGCUAAACAUCACCCACGAGCAAGCAGAAGGCCUGCACCACGCGCUGGUGGGCGAGCAAUUGGCAGAGGAGCAGGACCUCAUAGUAGAUGUGCGUCGCAUCCCCCGGCGUCACCGACGCCGCAGGCGUGUCAGUGGAGAGUCUUCUCACCAUCCUACGAGCGAAUCGCGCAUGACGGCGGUGGCUAAUCGUGGCGGCUGCAGGGAGAGCACGACUACGAGUCUGAGUGAGAGUAUAUGGAACUAUCGCAAGGAGCACGGGCGGACGUACCAUGCGUACAAGGACGGAAAGUACAUCUUUCCAAACGACGAGCGCGAAGCCGACCGUCUUGACCUGCAACACCACCUCUUCCGAAUAACAUUUGCAAAUCACCUGUACUUUGCGCCGCUGCACAGUCCGAGGCGGGCGCUCGAUGUCGGGACGGGCACGGGUAUCUGGGCGAUGGAGUUCGCGGAUGAGUUUCCUGACUGUGAUGUGAUCGGAAUCGAUCUGAGUCCCGGGCAGCCGCAGAUGGUGCCUCCGAACUGCAAGUUCAUCAUCGACGAUGCGGAGGACCUCUGGGUAUAUCCUGAGAAAUUCGACUACGUCCAUGCGCGGCUCAUGGCAGGCUGCUUCGCGGAUUGGCCGGCCUUCUUCCGCCAGGCAUACGAAAACCUCGAACCAGGCGGUUGGCUUGAGAUCCAGGAUUACGGCCUCCCCGUCCGCUCCGCCGAUGGCACCGCUGACGGCACCGACCUGAUGAAAUGGGGCGAGCUUCUCUGCGAAGCGGCGCGAAACAUGGGCCGCCCGAUGGGCACCGACUGCGCCGACCACUACGUCGCGCAAAUGACCGAAGCGGGCUUUGUGGAUAUCAACCAACGAAUGUUUAUGUGGCCUUCGAACGGUUGGCCCAAAGACCCGCUGAUGAAGACGCUCGGCCAGUGGAACCAGACGAACAUCCUCGAUGGCCUGGAAGGGUUCUGUCUGGCGCUGCUGACGAGGGGGUUGGGGUGGCAGAAGGCGGAGGUGGAUGUGUUUGUGGCGAAGGUGAGUAGGGAUUUGAGGAGUAGGAAGAUUCAUGCCUACUUCCCCAUGCCGGUCACUUAUGCGAGGAAGCCGUUUCCUGGGGAGGUGCCUUUUCGGCAGUGA